AUGAGCACACAUAGUUCACAUCAAAGACCUCCAACAGGGGAGAUACCAUUUAAAGCUAUGGAGUGCGGAAAGAGCGUUAGCAAUAAUGGAAAACUUAGAAUACAUCAACAGAAUAGCACAGGGGAGAAACCAUAUAAAUGUAUGGAGUGUGGAAAGAGCUUCAGUCAGAGUGGACACCUCAAUAUACAUCAACGGAUUCACACAGAGGAGAAACCAUAUAAAUGUAUGAAGUGUGGAAAAAGCUUUAGUGAUAAUGGAAAACUUAGAAAACAUCAACGGACUCACACAGAGGAGAAACCAUAUAAAUGUAUGGAGUGUGGAAAGAGCUUCUGUUUCAAUGCAAACCUUAGAACACAUCAACGGAUUCACACAGGGGAGAAACCAUAUAAAUGUAUGGAGUGCGGAAAGAGCUUUAGUGAUAAUGGACAACUUAGAAAACAUCAACGGACUCACACAGGGGAGAAACCAUAUAAAUGUAUGGAAUGUGGAAAAAGUUUCAGUCGGAGUGGACACCUCAAUAUACAUCAACAGACACACACAGGAGAGAAACCAUUUAAAUGUAUGCAAUGUGGAAAGAGCUUUAGUGAUAACGGAAACCUUAGAACACAUCAAUGGACUCACACAGGGGAGAAACCAUUUAAAUGUAUGGAGUGUGGAAAGAGCUUUAGUGAUAAUGGACAACUUAGAAAACAUCAACGGACUCACACAGGGGAGAAACCAUUUAAAUGCCUGGAGUGCGGAAAGAGCUUCAGUUUCAAUGCAACACUUAGAACACAUCAACGGACUCACACAGGGGAGAAACCAUUUAAAUGUAUGGAGUGUGGAAAGAGCUUUAGUGAUAAUGGAAAUCUUAGAAAACAUCAACAGACUCAUACAGGGGAGAAACCAUAUAAAUGUAUGGAGUGUGGAAAGUGCUUCACUGUGAAUGGAAGCCUUAGAACACAUCAACGGACUCACACAGGGGAGAAACCAUAUAAAUGUAUAGAGUGUGGAAGGAGCUUUAAUGAUAAUGGAAAACUUAGAAAACAUCAACGGACUCACACAGGGGAGAAACCAUAUAAAUGUAUGGAGUGUGGCAAGAGCUUCAGUCAGAGUGGACACCUCAAUAUACAUAAACAGACACACACAGGAGAGAAACCAUUUAAAUGUAUGCAGUGUGGAAAGAGCUUUAGUGAUAAUGGAAAGCUUAGAACACAUCAACGGACUCAUACAGUGGAGAAACCAUAUAAAUGUAUGGAAUGUGGAAAAAGUUUCAGUCGGAGUGGACACCUCAAUAUACAUCAACAGACACACACAGGGGAGAAACCAUUUAAAUGUAUGGAGUGCGGAAAGAGCUUUAGUUUCAAUGCAACCCUUAGAAUACAUCAACGGACUCACACAGGGGAGAAACCAUUUAAAUGUAUGGAGUGUGGAAAGUGCUUCAGUGAGAAUGGAAGCCUUAGAACACAUCAACGGACUCACACAGGGGAGAAACCAUUUAAAUGUAUGGUGUGUGGAAAGUGCUUCAGUGAGAAUGGAAGCCUUAGAACACAUCAACGGACUCACACAGGGGAGAAACCAUUUAAAUGUAUGGUGUGUGGAAAGUGCUUCAGUGAGAAUGGAAGCCUUAGAACACAUCAACGGACUCACACAGGGGAGAAACCAUAUAAAUGUAUAGAGUGUGGAAGGAGCUUUAAUGAUAAUGGAAAACUUAGAAAACAUCAACGGACUCACACAGGGGAGAAACCAUAUAAAUGUAUGGAGUGUGGCAAGAGCUUCAGUCAGAGUGGACACCUCAAUAUACAUAAACAGACUCACACAGGGGAGAAACCAUUUACAUGUAUGGAGUGCGGAAAGAGCUUUAGUGAUAAUGGAAAACUUAGAAGACAUCAACAGACUCACACAGGGGAGAAACCAUUUACAUGCAUGGAGUGCGGAAAAAGUUUCAGUCGGAGUGGACACCUCAAUAUACAUCAACAGACACACACAGGGGAGAAACCAUUUAAAUGUAUGGAGUGCGGAAAGAGCUUUAGUUUCAAUGCAACCCUUAGAAUACAUCAACGGACUCACACAGGGGAGAAACCAUUUAAAUGUAUGGAGUGUGGAAAGUGCUUCAGUGAGAAUGGAAGCCUUAGAACACAUCAACGGACUCACACAGGGGAGAAACCAUUUAAAUGUAUGGUGUGUGGAAAGUGCUUCACUGUGAAUGGAAGCCUUAGAACACAUCAACGGACUCACACAGGGGAGAAACCAUAUAAAUGUAUGGAGUGUGGAAAGUGCUUCACUGUGAAUGGAAGCCUUAGAACACAUCAACGGACUCACACAGGGGAGAAACCAUAUAAAUGUAUAGAGUGUGGAAGGAGCUUUAAUGAUAAUGGAAGCCUUAGAACACAUCAACGGACUCACACAGGGGAGAAACCAUAUAAAUGUAUGGAGUGUGGCAAGAGCUUCAGUCAGAGCGGACACCUCAAUAUACAUAAACAGACUCACACAGGGGAGAAACCAUUUACAUGUAUGGAGUGCGGAAAGAGCUUUAGUGAUAAUGGAAAACUUAGAAGACAUCAACAGACUCACACAGGGGAGAAACCAUUUACAUGCAUGGAGUGCGGAAAGAGCUUCAGGCAGAAUGGAUACCUUAGAAAACAUCAGCAGACACACAGGGGAGAAACUGUUUAA